GGAACAUCUGGAUGAAAAAUGUCAUUCAGUGUUUCUGUUUAGAAUGCGCACGUUUUCCGCGUGUAUUGAAUGAAAAAUGAACGGAAAAACUCGAAAAAGUUCAUUGUGUCGUUGUUUUAAAUAGCUUUCGAUAUUUUCAUUUUUCCGCGAUCAAUUUAUCUGAAGAAAAACAGUGAAAACGGUUCUGUUUACGUUGAGAGGGAAGGAUAAGACAAAUGCACUAUGUAUGGGCUUUUAAUAGAAAAUAUGUCGGAGUAUAUCAAGCAAACGUACGGAGAAGACAAAUGGGAGGAAAUCAGGCGAGCUGCUGCAGUAGACCAACCAAGUUUCAGUACACAUCAAGUAUAUCCAGAAGGAUUGCUGCCAAGGUUAUCCAAGAAGGCAGUACAGAUAUUGCAAGUUAGCGAAAGAGAAUUUUUCGAUCAAAUGGGCGUAUUUUUUAUUGGAUUCGUGAGCCAAUAUGGUUACGACAGAGUUCUAUCAGUUUUGGGUAGACAUAUGAGAGAUUUUCUUAACGGUCUCGACAACCUUCACGAAUAUCUUAAGUUUUCUUAUCCUAGAAUGAGGGCGCCUAGUUUUAUUUGCGAAAAUGAAACGAAACAGGGAUUGACGCUGCAUUACAGAAGCAAGAGAAGGGGAUUUGUGUAUUACACUAUAGGACAAAUAAGGGAGGUAGCUAGACACUUUUACCAUAAAGAAAUGAAGAUAGAGUUAGUAAGAGAAGAACUGUUAUUUGAUAUGGUGCACGUAACAUUUCAGUUGACAUUUGACAAUAGGGCGUUUACUUUAGCGUCGCUGGCAAUGACUAGAGAGGAAAAACACCUACCAAUUAGUGCUUCAGUAUUAUUUGAAAUUUUUCCAUUUUGUAUAGUUUUUGGAUCAGACAUGAUAGUAAGAAGUAUAGGAAAUUCUUUGAUGGUGAUCAUCCCAGAUUUAGUAGGAAAAAAAAUAACCAACUGGUUUGAUCUCGUAAGGCCUUUGAUUGCUUUUAAAUUUGGAUCGAUACUCAAUAGGACAAACAAUAUUUUUGAACUGGUGACCGUUGAGCCUAUAUUGAAUGAUAAACCAUCAGGUCGAAGAGGCCACGAGUUGCUACUUAGUGAUGAAAUGGAAGUAUCCGAAGACAAAAAUCUAAGAUUAAAAGGACAGAUGAUAUACAUGGACAACUGGAAAAUGAUGAUGUAUUUAGGAACUCCUGUAAUGCCAGAUUUGAAUUCUUUAAUACAUUCUGGACUGUAUAUAAAUGAUCUCUCGAUGCACGAUUUUAGCAGGGACCUGAUGUUAGCUGGUACUCAACAGUCAGUAGAACUUAAGUUAGCUUUAGAUCAAGAACAAUUAAAAAGUAAGAAAUUAGAGGAGUCAAUGCGGAAAUUGGACGAAGAAAUGACAAGAACGGAUGAAUUGUUAUAUCAGAUGAUUCCCAAGCAAGUAGCUGAUCGGUUACGGAAAGGGGAAAAUCCUAUAGAUACAUGUGAGAUGUUCGAUAGUGUUUCGAUACUUUUCUCAGACGUCGUGACAUUUACUGAAAUAUGUAGCAGAAUUACUCCUAUGGAAGUAGUAUCAAUGCUCAACGGGAUGUACUCCAUUUUCGACAAAUUAACAGAAAGAAACAGUGUGUAUAAAGUAGAAACCAUUGGCGAUGCAUAUAUGGUUGUAAGUGGUGCGCCAGAAAAAGAAGGUAAUCAUGCCGAAAGGGUUUGUGAUAUGGCGAUGGAUAUGGUAGAAGCAAUUACUAAUCUGAAGGAUCCUUCAACAGGUCAACAUCUCCGUAUUCGUGUUGGAGUCCAUUCAGGAGCAGUAGUUGCAGGAAUAGUUGGUUUAAAAAUGCCAAGAUACUGUCUAUUUGGUGAUAGCGUUAAUACAGCCUCAAGAAUGGAAUCGACGAGUGAAGCUAUGAAAGUGCACAUAUCUCAAUACACGAGGGAACUUUUACCGUCUAGUUAUAAAGUAACCGAAAGGGGAGAAAUACAAAUAAAAGGAAAAGGAACAAUGAAAACCUACUGGUUAGAAGAAAAGGAAUAUUGGUCGCCUAGUACAAGAACGGAAAAUUCCGAACCAGAGACAAGGACCGCUCUUAAACCAAUACAUCAAAGUAACUCAAUAGGAGCGGUACAGGAUAUUGCUCGAGCGGCAUUGUACUCACCAAUAACAUUUAAAGAUGUAGCUAGAAGAAGUAUAACCAGCUCGCCUAUUAAAGCGAAAGAACAACGAUCAAAUUCAGCCGGAGCUGUUUGUACUAGCUGCGAUCCUGCUGACAUUUUUGGUUCACUAGUCCUAGACGAUGGUGAAUCAGAUGAGAAGUCCCAAAAUUCUCAAGUAACGCUUCCUUGUACGUUUAGACACAGAAGUACCACCGGUCCUUCUACUAUCGGCUUUUCAGCGGAAAAGGAUGAGGUCAGUAUGGUGCUUCCAACAGAACUCGCAAUUCCAAUGCCUAGUCUCUUAUCAAACGAUUUAAAUAAUGAACCCAAAACUCUCUGCAAACCUGAACCAAAGACUCAAUACCAAAGUGAACCAUCGUAUUCGCAGACGUGUCAAAAGCCAUCUCUACAUCUCAACCUUCAUCAAUCACUGCAACCUCAAGAACCUAAAUACGAGUAUGGUAAAGUAAUGCAUGUAUAUGCGAAGAAAAUGGCUAAAGAAAAAGAAUUUCCCACCUCAAAGAGUGAAGCUAGUCUGUGUAAGAAAAAGGAACCACAUCCCGCGAAAAAUAAAAAUCAUCAUCACCACCACCAUCAGUGUUGUCCAGGAUUUGGGGAUUCUACAAAACACCAUCGAUAUCGAAGCAACGCUUGUAUUAUUAGCUAGGUUUUAAUGUAAUCAGUUUUUGAUCGAUAUUAAAUAAGUUACUUUUUGUA